CAGGGUCUCUACAGUCAUGUUAUACUCUAGCUCAAGUCAACCUGCAAUUUGGCUCAACAUUUGAGAUAAAAACAAUUCACAAUCCGCGGGGUUGUGUUGCAGAAAUCUUCCUUUAUUAUUUUCCCGUGGACUGAGCACGAAUUUGGAACCCUGGAUGGGAUUUUAGACAUGUUUUCUCACUAAUAAACUGGGCUAGUAAUGCAGGAGACAGAGACUCUGUCAGUGGCUCAAGAUGGCAGAUUUUUAUUGAGUUCUGAACAGAUAUCUUGCUUUAUUUUCUGCCAUGAAUAACAGAAGUCCUUGCACCGAUGGCCCCUGUGUACGAAGGUAUGGCCUCGCAAGUGCAAGUCUGGUCCCCUCACACUCUCCAUUCAAGUGCCUUCUUUAGCGUGAAGAAGCUGAAGGUGGAGCAGAGUUCAUACUGGGAUAUGACAGGGUACGGCACACACAGCAAAGUCGUCUACAACCAGAACAGCAAGCAGCAAUUGUCCCAAGCCACCUCUCUGGGAAUCAAUUCCUCUCUGCCCUACGAGCAGCCUGCGCUCAUCUUCCCGGCGAGUGCAGGGAAAAUUGUGGUUGCCUCGGCCAGCAGUACCUCAGGCACUGCAGGGCCUCUGGGGCCUCUGUUGAGCUUGGGUGGUAGCGGUAGUGGUAGCGGCGGUGGAGGCAGUAGCAGUAGCGGAGGAGGAAGCGGUGGAGCAGUCCACAACCUGACCCGUCGCAGCACCGUCAGCCUGCUGGACACCUACCAGCGAUGCGGGCUUAAGCGCAAGAGUGAGGAGCUCGACAACAGCAACAGCAGCGUGACGAUCAUCGAGGAGCACGGCGGCAGCACAACGAUGAUCCAGAACGCAGCCAGCGGGGCCACAGUGGCCAUUGCCACGGCAACGACCACAUCGACAGCCACCUCCAAGAACAGUGGCUCCAACAAUGAAGGGGACUACCAGUUGGUGCAGCACGAGGUGGUCUGCUCCAUGACCAACACCUACGAGGUGCUAGAAUUCUUGGGCAGAGGCACCUUUGGCCAAGUGGUCAAGUGCUGGAAGAGGGGCACCAAUGAGAUUGUGGCCAUCAAGAUCCUGAAGAACCACCCAUCGUACGCGCGCCAGGGCCAGAUCGAGGUGAGCAUCCUGGCCCGGUUGAGCACAGAGAGUGCAGACGACUUCAACUUUGUGCGUGCCUACGAGUGCUUCCAGCACAAGAACCACACGUGCCUGGUGUUCGAGAUGCUGGAGCAGAACCUGUACGACUUCCUCAAGCAGAACAAGUUCAGCCCACUGCCGUUGAAGUACAUUAGGCCAGUCUUACAGCAGGUGGCCACAGCCCUGAUGAAGCUCAAGAGCCUGGGCCUGAUCCACGCUGACCUGAAGCCAGAGAACAUCAUGUUGGUGGACCCCUCCAGGCAGCCCUACCGAGUCAAGGUCAUUGACUUUGGCUCGGCCAGCCACGUGUCCAAAGCCGUGUGCUCCACCUACCUGCAGUCCAGAUACUACAGAGCUCCGGAGAUCAUCCUGGGCCUGCCCUUCUGUGAGGCCAUCGACAUGUGGUCCCUGGGCUGUGUCAUCGCUGAGCUCUUCCUAGGCUGGCCCCUUUACCCAGGGGCCUCCGAGUACGACCAGAUCCGAUACAUAUCUCAGACACAGGGGCUGCCUGCGGAGUACCUCCUGAGUGCAGGGACUAAGACUACCAGAUUUUUCAACAGAGAUACAGACUCCACCAACUACCCCCUGUGGAGGCUGAAGACACCAGAGGACCAUGAGGGAGAGACGGUGAUCAAGUCCAAGGAGGCCCGGAAGUACAUCUUUAACUGCCUGGAUGAUAUGGCUCAGGUUCCGAGCACUGUGAAUAUGACAUCAGAUUUGGAGGGCAGUGACAUGCUGGCGGAGAAGGCAGACCGUAGAGAGUUCAUCGACUUGUUGACCAAGAUGCUUACGAUCGACGCGGACAAACGGAUCACCCCCAUCGAGACCCUCAAUCACCCAUUCAUAACCAUGACCCACCUCCUUGACUUCCCCCACAGCACACAUGUCAAGUCCUGCUUCCAGAACAUGGACAUCUGUAAGCGUCGUGUGGGCAUGUACGACACGGUCAACCAGAGUAAGACCCCUUUCAUCGCCCACGUGGCCCCCAGCACCUCUACCAACCUUACCAUGACCUUCAACAACCAGCUCAACACUGUGCACAACCAGGCCACCAACCUGGCUCCCUCCACCACCAGUACCACCCUUUCCCUUGGCAACCCCGAUGUCUCCAUAUUAAACUACCGAUCUGCACUCUACCAGCCCUCAGCGGUGGCACAGAGGAGCAUGCCCCUGCAUCCUGUGGCCCCUCAGCUCUGUGCUGCUCGGCCUGACCCCUUCCAGCAGGCCCUCAUCGUCUGCCAACCUGGCUUCCAAGGUAUGCAGGCCUCCCCGUCCAAACACACGGGCUACUCUGUGCGGAUGGAUAACGCCGUUCCCAUAGUGACGCAGGCCCCCGGCACCCAGCCCCUGCAGAUCCAGCCAGGCCUGUUGACACAGCAGGCCUGGCCCAAUGGCACCCAGCAGAUCCUCCUCCCCCCUGCCUGGCAGCAACUCACCCACACCUCAGUCCAGCACGCCACCGUCAUCCCUGACUCCAUGACGGCCUCCCAGCCCCUGGCUAACUGGAGGAAUUCUCACCCACACGGCGGCCAUUACAAUCCCAUCAUGCAACAGCCGGCGCUGCUGGCUGGCCACGUCACCCUCCCAUCCAACCACAACCAGCCUCUCAAUGUGGGCGUGGCCCAUGUGAUGAGGCAACCGUCAACCAAUAACAGCAACUCCUCUUCCAAAAAGAACAAGCAGCAUCAGAUGACUACCAGGAACGUGUCUGCGUACGAGGUGUCCUCCUCCCAGGCAGUACAAUCACCACAGCGCUCCAAGCGGCUGAAGGAGAACACCCCUCCACGUUGUGCUGUGCUUCAGAACAACGGCCAUUCCUCCAGCUCCAGCUGCGGACCCCCCCUGGGCUGUGGAGGGUGGGGACGGGGCGAGGCAGAGCAGGCCUCUAGCACCACCAGGGAUCACCAUCAGCACCACAAGGGGCAGCGUCAGACCAUCAUCAUCCCUGAUACGCCCAGCCCUGCCGUCAGCAUCAUCACCAUCAGCAGUGACACGGACGAGGAGGAUGAUCACAAGAAUAGCAACACCAACCAUACUAGGUACAGCUCAUUCAGGCAGAGGAAGAACGUCAUCAGCUGUGUCACAGUACACGACUCCCCCGACUCUGACUCAUCCAGUAACAACAGUCCCUAUGCAGUAGAGUCCAGGCAGCCCAACAACAACGGCUACCAUGACUCCAAGACCACCCUGCUGGACAACUACAGCAACGGAAACAACCUUCGCUCCAUCAUCAUCCCCCCUCUGAAGAGCCAGUCCAGCGAGGUGCUGAGCGAGUGUGAGCGCCUGAUGCCAGGUACCUACGCAGAUAUCUACACAGAUGCAAUGAAUCAUCAGAAUUCGGCAUACAAGUUCAAAACUUCCAACGGUGCGGGCAUGGUGUCUGGCAACAACCACCUGUCAGGGGGCGUGGCUUACCGACAGCAGCGCUCUGGGCCAAACCCCUUCCAGCAGCAGCAGCCUCUCAAUCUCAGCCAGGUAUGGAGAGAGAGCCAAGCCCAGCAUCACAUGGUAACUGAGCGGAACGGAGGCCACCGGCACCAGCAGGCUUACAUCACCCCAACCAUCGCAGCCCAGGCCCCCUACUCCUUCCAGCACCACAACAGCCCCUCUCACACUGCCAACGUCCACACCCACCUGUCUGCUACCCACCUGGCUGCCACCCACCUACCCGGCCAGCCCCACCUCUACACCUACACUGCCACGCCCGCAGCACUGGGCUCCACGGGCACUGUGGCCCACCUGGUGGCAACCCCGGGCUCUGCCCGUCACACGGUCCAGCACACCACAUACCACACACCGGGCAUUGUUCACCAGGUACCCGUCAGCAUGGGGCACCACGUGCUGCCCUCACCCACCCUGCACCACAGCCAGUACCAGGCUCAGUUUGCUCACCAGACGUACAUCAGCGCCUCGCCUGCCUCCACUGUCUACACUGGAUACCCACUGAGCCCCACCAAGGUGAACCAGUACCCUUACCUCUAGAGCCAAGCCAACACACUGGAGACCCAGACCCCCAGAUCCAGAUCCCAGCAAUGCUGCUGCUGCUCACUCCAUGUCCUCCCUCCCCAUCCCCACAGACAGAGAGAUAGAGAGAGAGACAUGCAAUCUUCAUAAAACUGUCACGUUUACUUGAAGACAUAAUGACAGAGAGGAAAAAGGUAAAUAAAUAGACAGAAAGGAGAGGUGGAAUUUCUAUUAUUACUUUUCUUUUCCCAAAAAAAUCUCCAAAAGGGCCAGUUUUGCUUUGUUUUCUCUCUUGGUUAUAUUUCUACUUUCAAAUGAGAGUAAUUUCUCAUUAUUUUACAGCAAGGUCUUCAUAACGGGCCUUUGAGAGAGGUGGAGGCUUUUUGUUCUCCUAAAACAGCUUUUUGUUUGUUUUUGUUUUCCCGUCUUGAAUUGGAAAGGGACUGUUUUAACAAGGGGUCCCUCUCUGAAUGUUGGAAUUCCCAUCAUAAGAAUUCCCAAGAAUUCCCGUGAGGAUUUGGGAAUGAAGGUGAAAUACGGAAACCUGCUGCUCUUCAAAGAAUACAACAAAUAAUGAUGGCCUUGAACUGUCUUAAACAUUUCCAAAUCAUUCAAUGUGUGGGGGAGAGAGAACGAAGCAUCCCUCCACAUCCCACACCCAUCCUUCUCCAACAGACAACUGGAGUCAGGAGUCUUCUGGAAAUAUAAUCAACAAAAGACACAAAAAAAGAAGGUAUUUUCCCUUUGUUUUUUAGUUCUCACCUUUUUGAGGAGACUUAUGUUUUAGCUAUAGGAGUUGUAGCUGAGCCCUGUUUUUAGAAUGUAGCAGUCUGCACCCAGAUUAUUUUAUCAACAACUUUUUCUGAUACCAAUAGAAUUGAUUUGUUACUCUUCUUCAUUGUGAUUGCACAAAGUGGUUAUAAUAACAUAGGCAUGUACAACGUGAUUGUCUGUGUGUGCGUGUGCUACUGUCAGCCAUGUGUGUGUAGUCCACCUCUUGCACCUUUGUGCUAUAAUACUUGGAAUCCUCCGUAGUCUUAGGUUUGACCAUUGUUCCCUCGUAGUGCCUUACAGAUAUAACCACACAGUUUACGUCGCUGGAACCUUGAGAACCAACAGACUAGCUGGAACUGGUUCCUUUCUUUGACGUCUUAUUGUCGGGGCAGAUUUGAUUUCUCUUCCAGGUGUAGGCUUAGCCCCUAGCUCUGUGUCCUAUCCUUAUGACAGUAUACUACAGCCAUAAGAGGUUAGAGUUCAUAUUUAACUGACCUUUGGCUUUUUUGUAAAAUGUACAUGAGUUUAACUUGCCUGGGGUACUGAACCAAAGUCGUUAGAUCAAUCCUCUUUACAUUGUUUGCUGGAUAUACAUUUUAAUUUGUGUACAAUAGAACUGUAAGUCACCGUGGCGCACAUACAUACAAUGGCUUUAGUUUGAGAUGUGUUACUUUUAUAUCACACAAGGGAGUCGGUGCCCAGGAAUAAUAGAACAGAGAAGUAUCAGCACAAGGAUCCAAUUAGGGGUAAUGGAAAAAGCAAAAAUACAAGAAAGUGACUGUCAAAAACAUUUAUGUGGUGAGUUCAUUUGACACAUCAAUAGUCCAGAGUUUGAGAAAAAAUAGGAAUCUGAGGUUAAACGCUAAGCCAGUAGAAAGGACUGAUGGGAAGUGGUGGUUGCUAUGGCGGCAAUUUUCAGAAGGCCACCGAGAGAGAGCCUGGUUGUUUGCAGUAGGGAAGCAGAGUAUUGAGGACUGUUGAGAGGGGUUGCUCGGUAGGAGUAAGACCUGGGUUCAGAUACUAUUUGAAAUCUUUUAAAUAAUUCUAACGUUUGCUUUAGAAUGUCUGCAGUGCCAGAUGGGCGGCGUUUGCAGUUUUUCAACUAUUGCAUUGUGCCAGGCAAACUCAAUCAAGCCCAGCUAAAGUAUUUGAAAUUAUUUUAAAUAGUAUUUCAACCCAGGUCUGGCAGGAGUGAGUGAGUGAGUGAGUGAGUGAGUGAGUGAGUGAGUGAGUGAGUGAGUGAGUGAGUGAGUGAGUGAGUGAGUGAGUGAGUGAGUGAGUGAGUGAGUGAGGGACUAGUAGAAAGCAUUGGGUUGGUCUGGGUAGGAACUGAGGAUGGCAGAGUGGUAGUGUGGCAUUCCUCAUGUAAAUGGGACUAAAAGAAUAGCAUGUUGGCAUGGAGCAGGUUGGUAGUAACAGUGACGGUGGGCAGGAGUUACAGGAGCACUGCAGGAAUGCACACCCAACUCUGAUACAAGUUGUUGUAUUAUUGUAGUGGUUUUGUAUAGAUACAUGGAAGUUACUUAGUCAUUUCUGCCCUGAGGGUUGUGUAGCACCUCUCCACAUAGAGAGAGACGUGAACGGAACAGAAAUGCUGCUGCGUACACCUGGAAGGGCUUACUAUGAAAUGCUCUUCAUUUGUUGACACUGUAUCCAUUUUGUCUUCGGAAUCAUGUGUUCACAGAUAGCAUACCACCAGAAAGGGAUACCUAAUAGUAAGAGAACUGAUUGGGCUAUUGCUUCUAUGUGUUUGCUGCUGAAUUUAAUAUCAGUUGUAUUUCUCGUAGCCAAUGAUAUAUGAUUACUAUGUUUGUUGUAGUGUCCUCAUGAAGUAGGCACAUCAUAAAUACUUGUGGUUUUAAUGAGAGCCUUCCCCCUUAUCCCUUCAUGUCAUGCCAUAGUACUUGCAUUUUAAGUGAUUAUUUUAUUUCUACGUUAUUAUUGAACUUUUUAAAUGUAUGUAGGUACAGUAUAAACUGUAUUGUGUUAUUUUACAGAUUGUUGCAAUAAUUCUUGUGGAUGUUUUUAAGUUGAUUUGUAACUGGGAGUUGUACAGUGCUGUACAGUGAUGUUAUGUAUUCAUAAGGAGGGGUGUAUACCUGUGUAAAGUGUUCAGGCACCGUUGACAAUAAUAAAGUUAUAAAGUUGACAAUAAUCCAUUUGGGCCCUUAUGGGUAGGUAGCUUAGACUUGAGUGUGUCAGACCAAGUUUUGCUCCCUAAACUAAACCUAAAACAACAACAUUUUGGUACUUCACCAAUAGGCCACCACACUCCCUCCAGCUGGCUCCACCAUGCAAGCUUUGGGUUCCAGGCAGUCAAAGAUGUGAUGCGUAGCAUGUAUAGGUUGCUGGUUACAUCAUUUUCUUUCUGUUCUGUGGUGUAUCUUUGUUGGUACUUUUUUUGUUGAUUUCCAUGAGGCCUGUGGGCCUAAGAACACAGAUAUGGGAGAUGCUUUUCCACAUGAGUGCUUGGCCCCUCCAUAAAGAGGCAGACUACUGAAACAUUCCACCAUAGGGAAAAUCUGGCAUCCAUACUGCACACCCUACAGUCUCCAUAGCUCUCUGAUCUGAUGACUUGUCAUUUUUGGACCUUUCUUUCUUCCCACCAAAGAAAUUCAACAUGUUGACGAUGUACAGUACAAACACAAAUAAUCCCCAUGUGGUCUGGCAAUAACUUGUGGUCCAAACAAGUACCUUUACAGCACGUUGAGUGUGCUUUGAGGGCUAUUGAUGGGUUUUAAGCAAAUGUUAGUGUGUGAGGUGUACAGAUACUACAGUAGAACGCCAGUAUGGGCACAACACACACAUACAUGAAUGAUUCAAGUUGCCAUAAUAUCUUAAGCUAUUUGACUGCCAAUUGCAGUCCACCAUUCUCAAACAUCUAUGAUUUGAAGAAAAUAUGUUUUAGAUCUGUCACUCGUUACCCCCUAAAUGUUCCAUUACCCCCUAAUGUUCGUUACCCCCUAAUGUUCGUUACCCCCUAAUGUUCGUUACCCCUAAAUGUUCCAAUGUUGAAUCUCAAACUUCUCUCUGAAUUGUUUUACAUGUACGUGUUUUUUACGUUGUUAAAGUUAUAUUUUAGCUUUAUUAAUGUUGUAAGCAGAUUAGUUUGUAAAAAACAAAAACAUGUUUUAAGUUAGUGCGCCAUGGAAUGACCUAUAGAGUGAAAUAAAAAACAAAAAAUACCUUUAAAAUAAUGGUCACUAGCACAAAAUGAAUAUAAUAUGUGACCUGCUUCAUCUGAAAUGCUUAUAUAUUUCUGCUUGAAUGAUCAUUCGUUUAAGUAAAGAUUUGAGUUCUACAUUGGCGCUUGCACCGCCAGGGUUGUGGGUUAGAUUCCCGGGGCCACGCAUACGUAAACAUGUAUGACUGUAAGUUGCUUUGGAUACAAGUGUCUGCUAAAUGGCAUAUAUUAUUAUUGCAAAAGAAAUUGUUGCCGUGCAAGAUGGAAUAAGUCUGAUUCCAGCUAAAACAACUUGACUCAUAGAAAAAUGAAAAAUGUUUCAUCCAAUAUUGGGUUUUCAAAUAUUAUUUAUUUGAUUUUAUUAAAACAUUUUCAAGUAUAAUCUAUAUUUAGCAAUAUACGAGAAGCCCUUUUGACCCUACACUCAAUUUUGUUUCAAUGAACUUGCUAUAUUUGGAAUGAAAUAACAUUUUAAUGUGUAAAAUAUUUUAGCGUCGUACCACUUUGUUUGAUGUGUUAUGUGUUUUAUGGAAAAUAUGAUUCAGAAUGUGAGCAUCGACGUAGAUCCUUACAAUUACCAAAAUGUGGUAUUCUUGUGCUAAUGAAGUUUGUUUACUUUGAACAUCAUCUCUCCCGUGCUACAGUAGCCAUUUCAAUGUUAGAAUAAUGCCUUCCAAAUAACUAAACCAUACCCUCAGAGCUUUAAGGUGUGGUUUCAAUUAAAGAGAGCUGUGUAAAGCGGUCUUUUGGUGAAGCCUGGUAUUUUUACAACUUUGUUGUUCUUGAAAUACUUGUGCUACAUAAGAAGUGUUCAGCUUCCAACUUUCCCAGAGUGUGAUUGCGAGUGCUCUUUCUGGAUCCUUGUAUGAAAUAUUGUGAAACAUUCCUGAAGGAAUGGCACACAUUGCCAGUUAGUCUUCUCAGGUCAAACCCCUCUGAAGUGACUUGAAUCAUUUUAACACCUUACCAGAAUAGAAUAAUCACACAACCUCUCUUCCCCUUCAUGAGAGCUUUGCAAAGUACACUCUCCCAAAGAAGCAGGGAGGUAGGAAAAGUACUUAUUAUUAUUUAUUUUAUAUGCAUCACUGAAACUCUGUAACCCAGUAAUAACACAUUUUAAAGCCCUUCUGUAUGAGUAUUGAUGUGUCUGUGUUCGUAUGUUUGUCAAGGGAAUCACCCCCUGCAUUAGGUUUUUUCUUUGGGGAUUCAGGCCGCAGUGGUCAAGGGUUUGAUGCCCCCAUUAAUGGAAUACGUCAAGUGUUGUCAUUUGGACAGUUUUUUAAAACAUGUACUUAAGAACCAACAUGUCAUAUUUUCUACCCUCUUGCUAAAGACAUGCUAGAAGUCUCAUUUUCCUAUUAUGCACACAUUUUGAAACUAUUUGGUUUAGAAAAUGUAUUGUUUAGCUAUUUCUUGCCAGCUCAAACCGCAAAUGAGCAUUGUACUAAUGUCCUUGAGCGGAUGGGUUAUUGCCUAAUGAAUUCCCAUUGAUAAAUCCCAAUAAAACCUUGUUUCUCCAUAGAUGACAGAGGGACAAGGGAUGAGAUAUAACAGUAAACUGCUGUAACUGUCAUACUGUACUGUAGUCAUUCUGCAGUAAUAUUGAUCCUGAUUUUGGUUUUGUACUUGAACAACUGCAUUCACAAUGAAAUGGGUUAAAAACAAUGAUAUUUUUUGUACAAAGUAUCAAAACCUAAGUUAGCAUCAAACCCUGUCCUUGUUGUGUGUCCAUUGCUGUAUGUUUUUUCAAUGGUGUUGAAAUCUCAUUGUUGUUCAGGCUAUUAUGUGCUGCAGUAUUUCCUAGUAUACUUCUUUGUUAAUUGUCUCUCUCAUUGACAUUUAUUGGGGAUUUUUUUAAGUGUGUUUGUUGUCUCCUUAAUAUCUGUUGAUAUAGCUUUAUAUGUACCAUAUUCCUUAGAAUAAUAUUAUUGACUAUGUUGUGAGAAUGGAUAUUUUACUGGCUUUAUAGAAUGUUUAAAGAAAUAUAAUAAUGAGAAUAAGAAGAAUGAUUAAUUGAACUCCUAACAAGUUGAGUACUUGGCUACUAAGCGCUUGUGUUACCAUUAAGAUGUUGUGUGCUUCUCUUAAUCAUUUUCGUUGUAGAAAAAUUGAGUGAAUUUAAAAUAGGCUUCAAAAAAACAAAUGAUAACAUUGUACAUUUACAGGAGGAAUUUAAUUGACAACUUGGUCAUAGAAGAAAAUACUUAUUUUAAUUGCCCUCUUUACUAACUGUAGGGUGAAGGGGCUGGCAUUGUGGUGAACUAUGUUCUAGCUUGUUAUUCACUGUUACUUUUGAUCAUUUCUUCGGUCUCCGAGGUGAAUCGAGUUAUUCAUGAGAAUUUGUAUGCUCACAUAUGCAUAUUGUAUAUGUGUAGAAAUGUAAUCACACUUUGUCUUGGAUUUACAUUAAACUGUUAAGUCACGGCACCAGUC